AUGUAUCUACCAUGGCAAACUUUGGCCUGUAUAAAAAGGUAUCAACAUGCUACUUAUGCUCAGACAUUAUUAAAUAUACCAGAAACAACAGUGUCCAAACUUGACAAUGGAUUACGAAUAGCUACUGAAGAUUCUGGUACAUCCACAUGCACAGUUGGUUUAUGGAUUGAUGCUGGAAGUCGUUAUGAGACUGAAAAAAAUAAUGGAGUUGCACAUUUUUUGGAACAUAUGGCUUUUAAGGGUACAGCUAAACGAUCACAAGUUGAUCUUGAGUUAGAAGUAGAAAAUAUGGGUGCUCAUCUUAAUGCAUAUACUUCUCGUGAACAAACAGUAUAUUUUGCAAAGUGUCUUUCAAAAGAUUUAGAAAAAGCUGUUGAAAUAUUAGCUGAUAUCAUCCAAAACAGUAAAUUUGGAGAAGCUGAAAUUGAGCGAGAACGUGGUGUUAUUUUGAGAGAAAUGCAAGAAGUAGAAACAAAUUUGCAGGAAGUUGUGUUUGAUCAUUUGCAUUCAGUCGCUUACCAAGGUACACCUUUAGGAAGAACUAUUCUUGGCCCAACAGAAAAUAUCAAGAGUAUUUCAAGAGAUGAUUUAGUGGAUUAUAUAAAUAAUCAUUACAAAGGAUCAAGAAUUGUGUUAGCUGGAGCUGGUGGAAUCAAGCAUGAUGAAUUAGUGAAAUAUGCCGAUAAGUAUUUGGGAUCUCUUUCAAAUGAAUACAAAAGUGGAAUUCCAGAAGCUCUCCCAUGUCGAUUCACUGGAAGUGAUGUUCGAGUUAGAGAUGAUGCUAUGCCAUUAGCUCAUAUUGCUAUUGCUGUGGAAGGAUGUGGAUGGACUAAUCCUGAUAAUAUUCCCCUUAUGGUUGCAAAUACAUUGAUUGGCAUGUGGGACAGAUCACUUGGAGGUGGUGCUAAUGUUUCAAGUAAACUUGCACAAAAUACAGCAACUCACAACUUAUGUCACAGUUUUCAAUCAUUUAAUACUUGUUAUAAGGAUACUGGUCUUUGGGGUAUUUAUUUUGUGUCUGAAGGUUUGACGAUUGAUGACAUGGUUCAUAACGUACAGAAUGAAUGGAUGAGAUUAUGUACAAGUGUCACUGAUGGAGAAGUUAUAAGAGCAAAAAAUUUAUUGAAAACUAAUAUGUUUCUUCAGUUGGAUGGUUCAACUCCUAUAUGUGAAGACAUUGGAAGACAAAUGUUAUGUUAUGGCAGAAGAAUCCCAAUACCAGAAUUGGAAGCAAGAAUUGAAGUAAGUUUUUUAAAUUUGUUAUUGAAAAUAAUAAAAAUUACUGAAUCCAAUCAAUCAAAAUUUUAUUUUAUAAGUUCUAAUUUGAAAUUGUAUCAGGUUUAA